AUGAAACUAUUGGCAAUAUUUGUUUUACAUAAGGAAGGUGAUAAAAAAGCGAAAAUACUUCAAAAUGAAUUUAAUCUUGAAACUUUUGGUUAUUUCGAACGUCGUAGUGUGCAAUCAAUACUUGUUUUCUCAGCACGAACAGUUACCGAACGUACAGCUUUAGGUAUAAAACAGUCAGUUGCAGCUGAUCAAAAUGUUAAUGCUAUGGUUCAUGUUUAUGUUCGUCAAGAUGAUUUAGCAUCAGUUAUUAUUUCUGAUAGUGAAUAUCCACAACGAGUUGUACAUGCCCUUCUUAGUAAAGUUAUGGAUGAAUUUACUAUUGAAUAUCCACGGUCUGAAUGGGCACGUAUGGGUGAACAAACAGGUAAAAUGGCAUCACUGAGUAAAACCUUAAGAAAAUAUCAGAAUCCACAAGAAGCUGAUCCAUUAAUGCGUCUUCAAAAAGAUCUUGAUGAUACACAAAAUAUUCUUACAAAAGUAUUGAAAGAUGUACUUGAACGUGGUGAAAAAAUUGAUGAUUUAGUUGAACGAUCAAAUGAUUUAAACAUUGAGGCAAGAACAUUUUAUAGAACGGUAAAAAAGCAAAAUCAAUGUUGUACAUUAUUCUAA